AUGCCCUCACAAUUCAGGAAAUCAAGUAAUAAUACAAAAUCUCAGGACCCCGAGCUAAAGUUUAAGCUAGAUACACUUACAGAACUGUUCCCAGACUGGACAAACGAUGAUUUAAUUGAUCUAGUCCAAGAAUACGAUGAUUUGGAAACUAUAAUUGAUAAAAUCACCUCGGGUGCGGUUACUCGAUGGGAUGAAGUUAAAAAGCCUUCAAAGAAGGAGAAAUCUGAAAAGAAGGAUACCACUCAUCAAUAUCAAUCAUAUCAUGACCUAGAACAUAUUUACGAUGAUGAUACCGAUAUUAAACCCAAGGGAGCUCAUCGUAAUAAUAACCGUCCAAGGGGUGGUAGUAGUAAUAAUGUACAAAGAAAUAAGAAGCCUGUUUCUGCUGUGAAUACAAGACAUAUAGAUACUGAUAAACUAAAGCCUGCAACCACACCUGCUAAAAGUGUUUCUCAUACUACAUCUUGGGCUGCGGCUGUGGCUUCAAGCAGACCGGUAGAGCCUGAAAAGGAGGAAGAAAAAUCUACUGACAAAGAAGAGCAAGAUGAAUCUAGUCAAGAACCAGUAGAAGAAGAGGAACAAGAACAAGAAAAAGAGGAACAAGAAUCAGGUGAAGAGGAGGAGGAAGAAAAUGCUGAACCUGAGACAAAGAAGAUGACUUGGGCUGCUAUUGCUACUCCAAAGGCUAAGGAAUCUGCUUUAGAAAAUGUUAAGGAUUUGAAGAAGGAAAUUGAAAAUGUUGAAAACGAAGAAGAAGAAGAAUCAAGUGAAGAAGAAUCUAGCGAAGAAGAGGAAACUAGCGAAGAAGAGGAAUCAAGUGAAGAAGAGGAAGAAUCAAGUGAGGAGGAAGAAGAAUCAAGUGAAGAGAAAGCAAAAGAGGAAGAAAAGACCGUGUCUGUUAAGAAAUCAGAGGUUAAGAAGGCAAAGGCUGAAGUUCCACAAGCAGCCCCACAAACAGAAUCUCUACAAUCAAAGCCUGAACCUGUUCAACAACAGCAACAACAAGAACAACCACAACAAGAUAUCUCUCAACAACAACAAAACUACUACCAACAACAACAACAACAACAACAACAACAACAACAAUAUCCAGGACAACAAAACCAAUUUGGUGCCCAACAAAACUUCCAACAAAUGCCGCAAAAUGCAGCCGCCGCCGCAGCUGCUGCUCAACAACAAUAUUAUAUGUAUCAAGGUCAAUUCCCAGGAUAUUCUUACCCUGGUAUGUUUGAUUCUCAAUCAUAUGGUUAUGGUCAGCAACCUGCCGCUCAAUCUGGUGCAGCUUCUAACCAAUACGAGGCCAUGCAACAAGGAUAUGGUCAAUCCACUCCAGGUACUGCCAAUGCCGAUUUGAGCUCCACUACAGCUGGUGCAGGAACUUCUCCAGCUUCUGCUAAUGUCCAACCACAACAACCUUAUGGUGGCUCCUUUAUGCCAUAUUAUGGCCAUUUCUACCAACAAUCAUUCCCAUAUGCUCAACCACAAUAUGGUAUGGGUGCUGGACAAUAUCCAUACCAAGCACCAAAAGGUGGUAAUUAUUACCAAGGCCAACAGGGACAAGAACAACAAGGUCAAGCUUCAGCCGGUCAAGCCACUGAAGAACCUCAACAAGAAGGACAAGACCAAAGCCAAAAUGCUCAACAACAAGCUGGUCAAACUCCAGGUCAAGGACAAAACUUGACUCCACAACAAUUGCAAUAUCAACAAUAUUACCAAUUUCAACAACAACAGCAACAGCAACAACAACAAGCCGCUGCUGCCGCUGCUCAACAACAGGGUGUGCCAUACGGAUAUACAGGAUAUGAUUAUUCAUCCCAAGCCUCCAGAGGAUUCUAUUAG